AAUACCCAAUCGUUCAAAAAAUUAUCCCUCUAGCUGACUGGCAGUCCAAACUCUUGGCUAAGUUUGCUCUGUGACUCAAGGACCUAAUUUGAACGAACCAACGGCCACAAACAAGGUCAAGAAUCCACCUUCCAGGCUUCCGGCUUUGAAGUCCAUCACGGCCUAGAGGCACGCCCACCGUACCUGGAUUCGUGCCCUGGCCAUCCCGUGGUCAUGCCGCCCUACAAUUUCUUCCACGAUAUAUUGACCGACUAUCAAAACAACCGAUUCUGUGAUUUGGCCCUGUGCGGUUCACCUGGAGAUGCCUCGGUCGAACCCAUUCUCUGCCACAAGUUGAUCUUGUGCGCCUUGGUGCGUGAUUGGCGCCACGUGAUCGACGAAGACACGGAUCGCGUCACUUGGCCGGAUAUCGAGCACGUCCGUUUAAAAGCGUUUGUCGAUAGACUCUAUCACUCACUUACUAAUCACGACGAAUCAUGGCGGGAUUGGCAAACUCAAGUGAGCGCUGUCUUUGGUCCGGGCGCGCCGGUGGGCGUGAAAACGGUGGCAAAUGGCGUCCUGACCACUCUGUCCGAAGCGUGCCAGCCGGAACAUCCCAACCAUGAGGAGAACAAGGAGACAUUGACUGAGGUGAUAAUGGAGAUGGACGUGGAUUUCCAAGAGGAUCAGGCUAUCAAUUUGUUCGAUGAAUCGAAAGUGGAGUCACAAGUGAGUGAUGACGAUGACUACGACUUGGAAGAAGACUUAUUUCAAGGAAAUGAUGAUCAAGGUGAUAAUGAUUGGGAAAGAGACCAAGACCAAAUGAUGGCGGAUGAAGACGCUCAAGCUGCCCGGAGGGCGUCCAAGCAGAGUGCGAAUACAAAAAGAAGACCUUAUGAGAAACUUACAAAACGAAAGAGAAUAUUGGCACAACAUUUUGCCAUGAUGCAAAGUGAUAGCAUGGACAAAAUGAUUGACCAUCAACCGAUUCAAGAACUGUUAAAAAGCCAAACCAAUGGGAUUUUUUAUGUCGAUGUGACCUGUACCUCCAUGGAAUCCAAGGCCCUCAUGACCAAAGGCCUUACUAAGCACAAAAACGCUUUCUUUGCCUUAGUUGGAGUCCAACAAAUUGAUGAUGAACUCUGGGGCCAAUCCCUGGCUUGGACCACCAAAGACCCUGCAGUGAUUGAUGACUCUUUUCUACCCGCAACGAAUGCCCUUCAAAGCGUGUUUGGUCUAUCCAGGGCUUUAGUCAUGGGUUCGAGAUGUUUUCGGACAUUCGCCGGAAUGAAGUCGCAGACCAAUGGCCCAAAUUAUCUCAAUGAUCUCCAUCGGAAGUUUUUAUACCAAUGCACCCGAAUUGACUUGGAGAACGAGCUCAACAGCCAACCAGUCGUCGAAGCCAAUGCCAUGUCUCAGGCCACUCGGAGGGAAAUUAGUCUUCCUGAAGGUGAUUAUACCAUUCGGAUGAGUGAGACCCUGUCCUCGUUUGAUGACAUUGUUCUGGUGGGGGUUUACAAGCAUGGCGUGGAAGUGCGUCAAAUGUACUUUUACCCGGGACUAAGUCAUAAUUAUGUGGCUCUGACAGUCUGUCGCUUAUUAACCUUAGUGUGGGUGGGAGGUAACCACCAGGCCAGAUUUCCCAAAAGUCCCAAGGUCGUCCGCUUGAACAAGGAGCACACAAGACUGAAUUACACGGAGUCUAUGGCCAAGAGACUCUUGGCAUCUCAUGACGAGCUACCUAUUCCUUUGCCUUUGGUGACGUGUGAAAUAUGUGGCAUGCAAAUUCAAGAAACCAUCUUUAUGAACAAAAUGAUCUUCCACAAGCAAAAGCACGCACUCGAGAAGAUUCAAUGUGGCUGUGAUAUCAAAUUUAGCUCGCUUACCCACAAACACCGACAUUUCAAUGAGCAUCAUCGAGAUAGGGAUUUGAAACAAUUUGGAAGUCUCAAGAACCCGUUCGGAUCAAAAAUGAAGCAUAAUCCAAAGAAGGAGCGAGGGGCGCAUGUUUGUGACACGUGUGGCAAAGUUCUAGGGUCUGUCAAUACCCUAAAAGAUCACAUCAAUCGGAUACAUAACAAGUUUCAUUGCAAUCAUUGCAACAUCGACUUUCAAUCGGCCAAAAAGUUCAAGCGACACUGGAAUCAAGCCCAUCCAGACACGGAAAUGGAGCUCCCGGAUGGAUGGUAUUCGUGUGAUCAAUGCCCACAACGAUUCCAGGAGAAGGUUUACGCCCAAAGACAUAAGGAGCAUGUUCAUGGGCGCGAAGAAGAUAGACCCUACAAAUGCGGCUUGUGCGAGACGACUUUUAGUGAGAAGCCCAAAUUUAAGUAUCAUAUGCUGAAUAUUCAUAUCAAGAGUCGACCCUACAAAUGCCGAAGCCCCGGAUGCACGUCUACUUUCAAUUAUUGUGGCAAUCUCUAUGCCCACGAGAAGAAGUUACAUGGUCGAGCUCUCGGCAAGACCACACCCAUUGACGUAGUGAUCCCUGAUAGCCAAUUGUUGGAAUUGGGCUGCAAGCUCAGACCACCCAUUCGAAAAGUGUUUUGAAUCUUGGCCUAGUUCUUGCAGAAAUGCACAUUGCAACUGAGAAUAGCUUAAUAUUAUUGACUUAUGGAGCGCAAAA